CCAACAAAAAAAGAGGGAAUAAACAGGACCAAGAGGGACCAGAAAGCAAGAAAAACAAAAAGAGAAGAAAACUUGUGAAACAAAGCAAAACCAAAACAGGAAGAGGGAAAAGCGACAGUAAAGAAGCGGGGAAAGAAGCCACGAUAAAAGAGAGCGAGAAGGGAAGGGGCAGGCGAGGGCGAAGGACACGGGGCGCGAAGGAGCCGACGCAGGAGGCGAGGGCGGCCCGGGACAAGCAGCGCCGCGCCUUUGUGAUGCAGCCAUGGCGCCGAACGAGGCAAAAUCUCCCGCACAAAACUCCAACGACGGACGCCUCUUCCUCCCUCCUCCCCCCGUCGCCCACCACCCCCUCCCCCACCACCUUCAGCACCCCCAUCUCCAACACCUGCACCACCACAGCCAGCUGUUGGGGAAGCGCGGUCCGGCGGGGCCCCUCGGCCAGCUGAGUGGCGGCGGGGCGCUGGACGAGCGGCAGCAGCAGCAGCAGAGGCAGAUGAUGUUCGGGUCCCAGACCGUGGACGCGAAUUCGGCGACGCCGUAUUCGGACGCGACGCAGACCAAGAAGCACCCCGUGAACCACAUCAAGCGGCCCAUGAACGCCUUCAUGGUGUGGUCGCAGCUGGAGCGGCGCAAUCGUGCGGGGCACCCGGGACAGAACAACGCCGAGAUCUCGAAGCGCCUCGGCAAGCGCUGGAAGACGCUCUCGUCGGAGGAGCGGCAGCCCUACAUCGAGGAGGCGGAGCGGCUCAGGCUCCUGCACCUUCAGGAGUACCCGGACUAUAAGUACCGCCCCCGCAAGAAGGCCCGCCUGGUGCCCCCCUGCGGCUCCCGGACGCCCUCCCCCGGGGGCACGGGCGGCCCCCCCCGCCGCAAGCGCCGCCCGGCCGUCAAGCUGCUGUCGUCGACGCGGCUCCGGAUCACGGUGUCGGCGACGCCCAAGCGGAAGCGGGGCGAGAGGCCGAGGAAGGGCGCGGGCGGCAGGAAGAAGAAGGGCGGCGCCGCCUCCUCCGCGUCCUCCUCUUCGUCUGCGCCUUCGUCGUCGUCGUCCUUCGCUUUCGGCUCCUCGUCCUCCUCGUCUUCGUCUCCGAAGGCGAGGGGAAGGAAAGGCGGCGCCAAGGCCUCCAGGAAGGGCGGCUCCGGCCGGGGCGCGAGAGGCGGCGCCGGAGGGAGACACAAGAAGACCUCCUCCUCCUCCUCCUCCUCCUCCUCCUCCUCCUUCUUCGCCUCCUCCUCCUCGACCCUCACCCCCCCGACGCCCCCCUCCCCCUCCCCCCCGUCGCCCGAGUCGUCCGCCGCCUCCGCUUUCUUCCUGGACGCCCACGCCCACACGCACCCCGACGAAGGGCCGACCACGAGUAUCAGCGGCGCCCUCAUAGGCUGCUGCUCCUCCUCGGUCCUCGACACGCCCACGCCCUCGCCGGAGCCCGUGGACGCCGCCCACACGCCCACGCGGGACGCCCACCACGACAGCCUCGGGGACCUCGCCUACUUGGCCGACAUUCUGCAGAUGACUCCCGAGUUCCCGGUGGACCUCGAUCUGACGCCCGAGCUCGACCUCGACUCCUGCUCGUCCUCGACCUCGACCUCGGCCUCGGGAUCGCACUUCGAGUUCUCCUGCACUCCUGACGUUGCCGACGCUCUCUGCGACGUCGGGCUGACGGUGUCCGACUGGCUCGACCCUUCCCUCAACAGCUUCAUCAACAGCUAAACGUCAGGAGAGGGAGAGAGGGAGGAGAAAGAGAGAGGGAGAAGGAGAAGUGGAGUGGAGAAGAGAGUGCGAGAAAGGAGGAGGGAGAGAGAGGAGUGGAGUGAAAGAGGGAGGAAGAAAAGAAGAGAGGGAGUGCGAUAAAAGCAGAAGGAGGUAAGAGGGACACAGAGAGGAAGAGAGUGAAAGUAGUAGGAGAAAAGGGAAGAGAGAGAGUGCAAUCGGUCGAGUCGAUAGAAAGUUUUUUUGUGUCGAGUUCUGUGGUUAUAGAGAGACACGAAAAUAAAGCAAAAGAAAGGAUACAAAAAGAGAUUGAAAGAAAGAAAAAAGUUUAUUGAUUUCGUCAGCCUUCGUGGAUAAUGGAAGUCAGGAAUGAACCUUAUAUUUCUCAAGACUGGAAUCGCUGAGGAGGGUGAGAGGGGGAGGGGGAGGGGAUGGGAGGGUGUGGAUUUCAUCCCCCCUCUUUAAUCCCCGUCGUACCCCCCCCCCUCACUUUUUUCUGUCAGUACCCUCGGCUUGUGUCAGUCACGAAGAGAAAUCAGCAACAGUGUCAGCAGGAGUGAAAGGUGUCAUUGCUAGUUCUGAAGUAGCCUGUCACAUCUCUUUGUCACCAAGAAUGUUCAUUUUUUAUUACUAUUAUCUGUUAAGAAAAUCCGUCUCUCUUUCUUGCCUUUACUGAGAAGAGAAUGAUCUUUUUCUUUGUAUUGUCAAGAGAAGCUAAUGUUUGUUUCUUCGUUUCCACUGUCAAGAAAAUUAAUGUAUAUCUAAUCCCUUUGUCAUGUUCUAUGAAGAAAAUCGUGAAGGUUUUUCAUCAGGUGGUCAAGGAAACUGCCAUGUCUUCCUGGCAGUGAUUCCAGAAGCUUCUAGAACCGCCUGGAACCGCUUCGACGCCAGAUGGAACCGGGAGUCAUUCAGCACGUGAGUUCGCGAAGGAAGUCUGCCGAAAACGGUACAGCG